CAACUUUCCAGUGCUCAGGGGUACGUAGUUUCCCGAACAUAUAUCCCCCCGAACCGCCCGGAUCUAUGAUAGGUAUAAUGCCUUAUCAGUACCCGCCGCCACAAGAGAGCCCAGAGUUAGGGGUGUCGCAAGGCGGCUACAUGGAUAAUCAUCCAGCACCCACCCAAGAACUCUGGGCAACCAGAUGCCCCCCACACGGCGACAAGAACCCCAAUCCAAAGGAUUCCGUCUUAAAAAAAUCGCCUCGACCCCUAACGUGAGAGAGCAGGGGACGAAUGAAGCCGACCAUGGACCCUCCGGCCUUCCUAACGAAAGGAGAAGGAAUAGGCUUGGUUAUCACCGAACACCCAUUGCUUGUAAACACUGCCGAAGAAGGAAAAUCAGAUGUAAACAGCCCGAAGCGCCAGAUGUUCUAGGGCGCUGCGAAAGCUGCAUGAGCCUCAAUAAAGACUGUAUCUACACGGCAGUAAACCAGCAGCCACCGCCACCUGCAACAGGGCACAGGCAAGGAGCAGGAACACCUACUAAUCUUGCAUCUCCUUCCACAUCCCCAGCACUACCGACGGGACAUUCUGUGGAAGCACAGUCAAACGCACCGUACCAGUUGACCACAAUACCGUCGAUGCCAAGUAACUCAAUGGAAGCUGAAGAAGAAGAAGCAUAUGCGACAGAGCCUAGAAUCCCAUCGAAUGCGCCUAGCGAUCCGACGUUCAGCUACGGACACGAUGCAGGCAGCUGGCUACCAACAGGAGCGGGUGCAAGCACUGCGAGGAUGCCCGGCGAUUCGAGUACCAUGUGGACGAGCUUCGCCCACGGCCUACCUGACGGCUCAGACCCCUCGUCCUAUAAUUCUCAGCACCCAACAGGCUCUGCAGGGUUAGGGAGGAUAAAUAGUACUUCUCGCCUCGACGAUGGGUGGAGAUCAUAUCCGCCAGGGACAAGAUCCAUGUCCUAUAGCGAUGAUCAAUCUGGACGGUACGAUAGGCAGACAUCCCUCGCGACCAAUGCCGUCCCGGAGGCAGGCCUGGGUAUUCAGGACCCUCUAUCGGCCGGUGCCGUGCCGCAUGCGACUUACGGUACGUGGCAGCAGUACCAAUAUUCUAGACCCAAUGAAGACUAUGGUGGAUGGUAUGAGGACCGUGAACAGUCUCCGCAAACACAUGCCUUGUCGGCCGGCCAAGAUCCCUCUCAAGCCGGAGGCAUGUAUUACGGCGGGAGAUGACAGCUAAAAUUGACAACGGGAUGAUAUGCUAGGGAU